UUUCGCUGAUACUAUACUUGUGCAUAUAGCUUUCAUUAGUCCGAGACUACGACAAAUUGGAGAGACUGUUUCCAUUCGCCACGUCUCACCGAGAGUAUGGGCUCUGCUGCCCGAGAAUUGCAAGGACUCUUAACAUGGAUAUUGAUAUUUGGAACCGUCUUUCGCACUUACGGACAGGAAAGCCAUUUUUGUGACAAUACUGAGAGAUCGACAAAAACCGUCUCCAGGACUGAGAAAUGUUCGGAGUUCACGAAUAAUGCCAUCAGCGGCUUUACCUUGAACCGGACAGCCUCCGGAUACGGAGAUCUGACAGACACGGAACUUCAAGCCAAAGUCACCUAUUGGCUGAAUCACCCGGAAACUAGCCCAGAAUGUACCUUCAGCAAACAAGUGACGACCACUGAAGUAGUACGGGGAUGUUGUCCAGGAUGGAGAGGAGAGCAAUGUGACAAUGCCAUCUGCGAUCCUCCGUGCGCUAAUGGCGGCGUCUGUACAUCCCCUAAUACCUGCACGUGCACAGAAGGUUAUGGUGGCUUCCGCUGUGAGGACAACAUCGACGAUACCACUGAGACACUGCGCUAUUGUUUCAAUGGCAAAAACUGUUUCGGAAACAAACUGGAAGGAUUUGAAGGACGUGUUGCGACGUACGAAGAGUGUUGUAUUGACUCUGAAGGCGGCAGUUGGGGUGUUCCUGGACUGUCGUGUACUUCCUGCCCUAAACGUCAAGCCGAAACAAAUCCAUCAGCCAACGAAACUAAUAUUGUGGUCCAAAAUCAGGAUCUUGGCUUCGCCACAUGUCUGAACUUCGGUCCAAACUACUACCGCACCUUCGACGGUUUGGAGUACGUGUUUGGGGGACGUUGUUCAUACUUACUGGCCCGCCAGGAAGGAAUCUGGUCCGUGGAGAUGGAAGUGAAAAACUGCGACAAUUUCGACACAUGUCGCAAGAAACUGAAAAUGAUGUUCAGCUCAAGCCUGCUAAUCGAGGCGGAAGGUUUUGACGUCACCGUGAAUGGCGAGAUCGUAGACGUGACAACGGGUUACGCAGGGAAUGGCGUCACCAUUUCGCAGACCGGGGAUUUUGUUUUCGUCUCGAGCUCACGUGGAAUUCGGGUGAAGUUUGAUGAUAAAUCAUCUGUGUACUUGACCCUUGAUGAGAAUUUCAAGCAAAUCCCUGUCCAGGGUCUUUGCGGAGAUUACAACGGUGUAACUGAUGAUGAGUUCACAACCCUGCAAGGAACAAUCGUAACAAACGCCGGAGCUUUUGGCAAUUCAUAUGCUGUUCUAGACCCUGAGAAGAAGUGUAACCCAGCCGGCAAUGUUGACAACGAAUGUCGGUCGUCAGCAAUGGAGAAUGAAGCUACCAGAGCCUGUAAUGAACUGCGAGGGAAACUGUUCAGCGACUGUCAUCCAUUCAUUAAUGUUGAAAGCUGGUUCCACCGCUGUGUAAGCGACUACUGCGCUGCUUCCGAUAAAGGCGAGCUGGCCAAGGACGAAGUUGUCUGUGAAUAUUUAUCCGCCUACGCUAGAGCUUGUUCCAACCAAAACAAAGUCAUCGAGUGGAGAUCCGAAGCACUAUGCCCUAAACAGUGUCCCGCCAACAUGGUCUACUCGGAAUGUACGUCAAUCUGUCCGCAAACCUGCUCUUCUCUGUACUCCAUCAUGCCCCAGCAAUGUCUGACUCAGUGUGUGUCCGGGUGUCACUGCGCCCCGGGCACAUUCCUGGAUAACGGCGUUUGCAUCCCGGCUGACGAGUGUCCGUGCUACUACCAGAGAAGACGCUACAACAACACCGAGGAGGUGGACAUGGGCUGUGAGAGAUGCAAAUGUAACAGAGGUCGCUGGGAAUGUCAGGAUGAUCCGUGUUCAGCUUCCUGCUCUGUGAUUGGUUAUUCACAUAUCCAGACUUUUGAUGGGGAGAAAUACGAGUUCCAACCAGCAGCUUGUGAAUACACACUCAUUGAGCCCGACAGAGGCCAGGCUGAGGACGACCCUCGGGCCAGUCUUAACGUAAGGCUUCUGUACGAGCAGUGCAAUGCUGCCCGCCAGUUCAGCUGUGUCACGGGCCUCAUCGUCCAAACCCGUGGGGCCACCGUCCGCAUCGAGAAGGACUUUAGCGUUACUAUCAAUGGACGGGAAAUGUCCAGAUCUCUGCCGUACUCCUCUAGGAACAUCUACGUCAAACAAGUGACGUCACUGUUCAAGAUGAUCAGCGGGUUCGGGUUCCAAAUCCUGUAUGACGGAGAUAGCCGAGUGUACAUCAAGGUCGAGCCGUUCUUCAAGAACAAGAUCCGAGGUCUCUGUGGUAAGUUCAACUAUCAUAAAGACGAUGACUUCACCGCUCCCUCCGGCAUCAUCGAGUACCAGUUCAAAGAUUUUGCCAUGCAUUACAUGGAGGCUUCGUGCACUGCGCAGGCGCCUAACGUGGAGGAUCCCUGUAUCUCUGAGUCGUACCGAAACUUGGCAAAGACCGAAUGUCGCUACAUCAAAGAGUCGGAGAUCUUCGAGCCGUGUUUCUCGGCCGUAGAUGCAGAGGUGUUUAUGAGGAUGUGUGUCUAUGACGUGUGCUCACGAGAAGACGCCCAGGACUUCACCCCAAUGUGCACAGUGAUGGCCGCCAUGGCUAGGGAAUGUGCCCUUCAGGGUAUCAUGGUGGACUGGAGAGGACACGAAGAUCUGCGAGUGCAAUGUCCCACGAAUUGCCCGGCUGCCGGCCAGCAUUACACGGAAUGUGCUCCAUCCUGUCGUGGCAGCUGUCGUGACUUGGAGGUCGGAGACACGAGCUGCGAAGACGAGUGUAUUGCUGGCUGUAUGUGCAGUGACGGACAGUACAUGGACGACUUCGGCCAGUGUGUGCCUCAGGAAGACUGUACCUGUUAUGACAAAUACAACCCGGCCCAGCAGAUCUAUAAGCCUAACGCCGUCAUUAGGAGGAAGUGUACUGACUGCCAAUGUACUAACGGCACCUGGGCGUGUGGUAAAGAGUCGUGUAAAGAGGAAGUCGUGUGCCCAAAGAACCAGGUAUGGCUGGAGGAUGUGUCGCCGUGUCAACCGACAUGCGCAACCAUGGACCACCCGCCCACGUGCACUGCUGACUCCACUUACGAGGGAUGCGGUUGCCCUGAGAACAUGACACUUUCUCCUGACGGAAACUGCGUGACAGCAGAGCAGUGCCCGUGUCUGUACGGAGGGAAAUGGUACAAACCUAAUGAGCAAGUUAGGAUCGGCUGCAAAGAGAUGGUUUGUCGCAAUCGCGUCUGGAUUAAAGAGAAGGAAUAUGACUGUCCAGCGACUUGCUGGUCGUCUGGCGACCCUCAUUACACCACCUUUGACGGCUUACAUUACUCAUUCAUGGGUGCCUGUAGUUACAUCCUUGCCCGGGACUCCAGUCCGGAGAACUAUUUUGAGGUGACGGCGGAGAAUGUGCCAUGUGGCUCUACAGGGGUGACUUGCACCAAGUCCGUUUACGUCCGCAUCAAUGAGGCCACGAUCCACUUGGUGAGGGGCAAGAACACCACGCUCAACAACAUCACAGUAGCUGAUAACGCUUACAAUGUGAAGGGUCUAAAAAUCGUCCAGGCUGGCUUCUUCACCAACAUCAUCACAGACAAAGGCGUCACUAUUCAGUGGGAUUCUGGUACUCGAGUGUUUGUUCACUUGUCUAAGGAUUGGGGAAACAAGGUUGAGGGAAUGUGUGGAAACUAUGACGGUAACUCCGAGAAUGAUUUCAAAACCAAGGACGGUGCUAUCGAGAAAAGACCAAGCGUCUUUGGCGAAAGCUGGAAAGUGGCAACAUCCUGCUCAAAUGUUGCUCAAGACGCGCCAACAGAUGACGUCGAGGCUUGUGCUGGAGAUCUUAAGCACAGGGAGACCUGGGCCAUGGAAUCCUGUAACAUCAUUAAGGCAGGAAGUGUUUUCAACGAAUGUCGUAAGAGAAUGCCCCAAUCCGUUGUCAACACUUUCUUUGAUGACUGUAAAUUCGACGCUUGCAGGUGUGACUCCGGUGGAGACUGUGAGUGUCUAUGUACAGCCAUCGCUAACUUCGCCGAGGAGUGUAACAGUAAAGGUGUCCCCGUCAAGUGGAGGCACCAGAGACUCUGUCCUAUCCAGUGUGAGAAUGACUUCGUGUAUAAACCCUGCGGCUCCCCGUGUGUGCAGACCUGCCAGAACGUGGGGGACGAGCCCGAGGCAUACUGUGACGCAACACACUGUGUGGAGGGUUGCUUCUGCCCCGAGGGGUAUGUCCAGGAUGGCGACCACUGUAUCCCUGCCGAGCAGUGUCCAUGUAUUCACGGAGGAGUGGAGUACCCAGCGGGAACAUCCUUACUAGAGAACUGUAUGAACUGUACAUGUACUGCCGGGAAGUUCGUCUGCGAGGGUGGCAAGUGUACUCAAUCUUGCUCCCCUGACGACUUCACGUGCGAUAACGGAGACUGCGUGGAUAAGCGAUAUGUCUGUGACGGCCAUAUUGACUGCCAUGAUGGAUCCGACGAAAACGACAACUGCACCUACACUUGCAGUACUAACGAGUUUAAGUGUGCUUCCGAUGGACACUGUAUUGAUGUGAACUACAGAUGUGAUGGUGCCAUGGACUGUAUUGACAACAGCGACGAGCUCGACUGCCCGCCCCCCACCUGCGGCAAAAAUGAAUUCACCUGUGACAACUCAAAGUGCAUUCCAUCCUCCUUCUACUGUGACGGUGAAGAGGAUUGCGGAAUGGGAGACAACUCUGACGAAGCCAAGUGCAACGAAACUGAAAAGUGUCCAGUUGUACGUCACUUCCGGUGUCAAACCGGAACUUGCUUGCCAACAACUCUUCAGUGUGACGGCCAUGAUGAUUGCGGUGACGGAAGUGACGAAAUUGGCUGCGAAUGCACCUGUCCACCCGACACCUUCACUUGUGAAAACUGUGAGUGUAUCCCCGCCAACCAGGAGUGCGAUGGUUUCGACAACUGCGGUGAUGGAUCAGACGAAACUUGCCCCUGCAACGAGUACGAGUUUAGCUGUGACAACGGUAUGUGUAUCAACGCUACCCAGCGGUGCGAUGGCGUCGAGAACUGUACUGAUGCCUCUGAGAACGGAUGUCUGACAACAACCACUGUUAGCCCAGCCUCAACUACAGCUUUGGUUUGUGACAAGAAGUUGAUAAACUUGAACAACACCAACAUCGCUACUCUGACCGCAUCCAGCCUCCAAAGUCACGUGGGCAGCGUUUGGCUGGGCACAGACGAACUGUGGAUCUCCUCUCUUGAGGACAAUAUGCCAACCUUAUUGGUCAAGAUUGCAUCACGUGGCCCAGCCACCAUCACUAAAGUCUCUUUCGUGGUCACAUUCAGCGCUGAGGUCCAAAUCUUGUAUGAAGAUGAAGAAAACGUUGUUGUUAACAUGAAGACGUACUUUCCAACCACGGCCAGCAAUUUAGCUGUGAUAGAGAGCCCUGCUGGUAUAGACGCGUCCUUCAUUAGACUGCGAUUGGUGCCAAAGACCAUCGGCAUUGAACCAGUUCAGAUUGGUAACUUGGAAAUUGAGGCUUGUUACGAAGAAAUGGUUCCCACAACGACAUCAUUGCCAUCGACCACAACAGGAUGUACUGUGAACGAGUUUGAGUGUAACAAUGGGAAGUGUGUUUGGGCCAGAGGUGACAACAGCACCAUCUGCAAUGGAAUCAACGAUUGUGGCGACGCCAGUGACGAAGACCAUUGUGGUACCUCGACAACCAACGCUCCUACCACACCGGGAUGUAAAGUGGGCGAGUUUUCAUGCAUAAACAAUGGUGUAUGCGUGAACAAGACACAGCUGUGUGACGGGGUCGAGGACUGUGCGGAUAAAUCGGACGAAAUCGGAUGUACCACGACAAUUACAUUCUCUAGCAGUGCUUCAGUAACACCUAGUAUGAUGCCACCACCAGGCACACCAAGCGUUGUACUACCACCAGCAGGCACACCAAGUGUAGUACCACCACCAGGCACACCAAGUGUUGUACUACCACCAGCAGGCACACCAAGUGUAGUACCACCACCAGCCACACCAAGUGUAGUACCACCACCAGGCACACCAAGCGUUGUACUACCACCAGCAGGCACACCAAAUACUGAAGGUAUGGCAUCGGAAAAGAUAUCUACAGCUGACAUUAUGGUGUCUAGCAAUUCCGAAAACUCUGAGAACCUGAGACCGGGUGGAGAGCCUUGGGUGUCUGGAGAAGAAGACACAGCACCGUUUGUAGUCAUAUCACUGGGUGAGGAUCCUGUCCCCCUCACUAGCAUGAUAAUCCCUGAAGAUAGUGCCGGUAACAUCGAUCUCUUCUUUGUCAUCUUGAUGACGGUUGAUGGCGGUCUUACUCCAUACAUGCCUCAGAGCCGACCAUCAGGGACGUAUACGCCCGGGGAGGAGAUCAGCUUUCCUGAUGACACUUUGGUCGAAAAAGUCAAGAUUGUGUUUGCCAAGAAAGACAUGUCGUCUCCAGUACAAGCUGAACUGUCCGUGAAAGCAUGUUUCCCUAAAAUCCCAGGAACACCAAGCGUUGUACCACCACCAGGCACACCAAGCGUGGUACCACCAGGCACACCAAGCGUUGUACCACCACCAGGCACACCAAGCGUGGUACCACCAACAGGCACACCAAGCGUGGUACCACCACCAGCCACACCAAGUGUUGUACCACCACCAAGCACACCAAGCGUGGUACCACCACCAGGCACACCAAGUGUUGUACCACCACCAAGCACACCAAGCGUAGUACCACCACCAGGCACUCCAAGUGUAGUACCACCACCAGGCACACCAAGCAUUGUACCACCACCAGGCACACCAAUCGUGGUACCACCACCAGGUACACCAAGUGUUGUACCACCACCAGGCACACCAAGCGUUGUACCACCACCAGGCACACCAAGUGUUGUACCACCACCAGGCACACCAAGCGUGGUACCACCUCCAGGCACACCAAGCGUUGUACCACCACCAGGCACACCAAGUGUUGUGACACCACCAGGGACACCAAGCUUUGUAGCGCCACCAGGCACGCCUAGCGUUGUACCACCACCAGGCACACCAAGUGUUGUACCACCACCUGGUACACCUGGCUAUCCACCUGGCACACCAAGUGUUCUUCCGCCGGGUACACCUAAUGUGGUCCCCUCAUUUACCCCUGCUAGUAUCAUUCCACCUGCUGGUCUACUUACACCCAGCAGUGUGAUAGCACCAGCAGGAACCCCUAGUGUCGUCCCACCGCCAGUUACUGGCAGUCUGAUCCCGUCCCAGCCCACACCCAGCCGAGCCCCGCCUCCAGCCACUACAGGCAUGCCGAGUGUAGCUCCACCUAUGGGCACCCCAAGUAUGAUCUCCCCACCAGGCACACCUUCUGUAGUGGAACCCCCGGCAACCCCUACCGUAGUACCAACUCCAGCUUCAACGCCCGAAGGCUUUACCCCCAGUAUAGCGCCUCCACCCACAACGUCCAGUUUAAUAAUGCCACCUACGACAUCAAGUUUAUUGCCAUCCACUGGAACGAUAUCUAUUAUCCCUCCUGCAGGCACACCGAGUGUUACCCCGACCACAGCGCCACCUGUCUGCAAGGAAGAAGGCAUGGACAAUCCGGCUACAAUCACGGACAGCAUGAUUGAGACAUCUAGCAGUCCGGAGAUGGCCGGAAAUCUGCGCCCUGGCGGCGAUACAUGGCGGUCCGCUCCUAACGACCCCAUUCCGUCGGUCGUGAUCACCUUAGACUCAGAGUCAGAUAUACCCCUCGGCUCAGUUACCGUCCUAGAAGACACUGCGGAAAACAUUGACCUGUUCAGUAUCCGCUUGAUCUCUAAAGAAGGUUCUGUACUGCCGUACCUGCCGAACAACAGACCAAGUGGCACUUUUAAUCCUGGCGAGAGUGUGAAAUUCCCACAAGAUACAACGGCAUAUAAGAUUGAGAUAAUCUUCAUUCCAAGUGACAGACUACAAGUAGUGACAGCUGAAUUGUCACUUAAGGCCUGUUUUCAUCCCAAAGGGACACCAAGCGUUGUACCACCACCAGGCACACCAAGCGUUGUACCACCACCAGGCACACCAAGUGUUGUACCACCACCAGGCACACCAAGCGUUGUACCACCACCAGGCACACCAAGCGUUGUACCGCCACCAGGCACGCCAAGCAUGGUACCACCACCAGGCACUCCAAGUGUUGUACCACCAUCAGGCACACCAAGUGUUGUACCACCGCCAGGUACACCAAGUGUUGUACCACCACCAAGCACACCAAGUGUAGUACCACCACCAGGCACACCAAGCGUUGUAUCACCACCAGGUACGACAAAAGCACCCAUUUGCUUAGAACUGGAAGGCAUGGGCAAUCCGGCCUUCUUGCCAGAUGGUAGCAUCACCACCAAUGACGCAAACCCAGACUCAUCGUCUCUUCGACCUUCUUCCGAACAGCCAUGGAUCAGUUCUGAAGAGACACCAGUGAUCAAUCUGAAACUGUCCGAAGACGAAGACAUCCAGCUCGGAUCCUUUAAAAUCAGACCGACGUCAGAAGAGUCCAACGUCAAAACCUACACUCUGGAAAUCAAAACCAAGGACAACGAUGAAUUCACAAAGUUUACCUUGCCAGAUAAUCCAGAUGGGGUGUUUAGUGGAGAUGAUGUCGUAACCUUCCCCGCGGGAACAUUAGCUCAAGAGAUCACGAUAAGGGUUACGGAUAGAGUUAACCCCUCAACGCCAGUGGCUAUGAAGGUGGAGUUGCGCGCAUGUUUCACUCCAGUUACUACUACUCCAAGUGUUGUACCACCACCAGGCACACCAAGCGUUGUACCGCCACCAGGCACACCAAGCGUUGUACCGCCACCAGGCACUCCAAGCGUUGUACCACCACCAGACACACCAAGCGUUGUACCACCUCCAGGCACACCAAGCGUUGUACCGCCACCAGGCACUCCAAGCGUUGUACCACCACCUGGCACACCAAGUGUUGUACCCCCACCAGGCACCCCAAGCGUCGUACCACCACCAGGCACACCAAGCGUUGUACCACCACCAGGCACACCAAGCGUCGUACCACCUCCAGGCACACCAAGUGUUGUACCACCACCAGGCACACCAGUGUCGACCUCUACCAUAACAGUGGUUGUCACCCCGACUGGAUACACGCCAACCACCUGUCUGCCCGGCUCGUUUGUCUGCACUGACGGUGAAUGCGUUGACGCUUCUGCUCGUUGUGAUGGUCAACCGCAAUGUGGCGACACUUCUGACGAAAUCGGCUGUGGUAAGAAGCUGGAAAAGUGUACAAUGAAAACAUUUUUGGAGUAG